CCGGGCGGGGAGCAGGGGGGGACAAGCCGAGCCGUGGCGGUAGGGAGGGCUGGACCGGUCCUGCUGCCAUGGGGCUGGGUGCCUCGCGUAUGCUAAAGCUGUGCUCUCUGCAGCUGUGGUGCUGGGCAGGGGGAAGCACCGAUCCUGCACCUGCCGCAGCCGCUCCCGGGUAUCUGGCUUGGAGGAGGUUGGUGGCCCCGGCUUGGAAAGGUGCUGGUGGACUGGAGCUGCCUGCAGAUGAGCUGGGCCUGGCCGCAGUUGGUGGUGCUGGAGCUUGCCCCAGCAGGGCCAUGUGGUUUUGGAGCCCAUCUUGCCAUGGUGCCCGUUGCUUGUCUCAAGGAGCCAUCACGGUGGGGAAAGCGUGGGGCCGAGGGGAGAGCAGGGCACGUCUCAUCCUCAGCUCUGUUCUGCAGUGUUUCUCCUCCAUGGGAGCAUUGGCCAUCCUCAGAGUGCUGCCAACUGGUGGCCUUGGCCUGUCCCCAGGGCUGGGCCCAAGCAAGUACCAGUCAACCCAUGGGACUUGGCAGCCUGUCUUGCUGUUUCCUCAAGCUCUCUGGGUGGGAACUGCUGAGGACUGGCCCACCAGGGGGAUGAAGGCCAUCUCUGGAUCUCACCCUCUUCCCAGGGGCCUCCUCCCGUGCCUUGGCGUGGUGGAGCCCCGGGGUCCCUCACCUCCCCCCUUCACAUGUGGCAGUUCUUGUUUUGCAGGUGCAGCCGGGUGUGUAGCAACGUUGCUCCACGAUGCAGCCAUGAACCCUGCCGAAGUGGUCAAGCAGAGGAUGCAGAUGUACAACUCGCCUUACCAGCGUGUGAUGGACUGUGUGCGAGCUGUGUGGCGCAACGAAGGGGCUGGAGCUUUCUAUCGCAGCUACACCACCCAGCUCACCAUGAACAUCCCCUUCCAAGCCAUUCACUUCAUGACCUACGAGUUCUUACAAGAGCAGCUCAACCCCCACAGACAGUACAACCCAGGCUCCCAUGUGGUCUCUGGAGCCUGCGCGGGGGCUGUUGCUGCUGCUGCCACUACACCUUUGGACGUUUGCAAAACACUGCUCAACACCCAGGAGUCCCUGGCCUUGAGCUCCAACAUCAGCGGACACAUUACAGGCAUGGCCAAUGCCUUCAGGACGGUGUACCAAGUGGGCGGUGUGACUGCCUACUUCAGAGGGGUCCAGGCGAGAGUCAUUUAUCAGAUGCCCUCAACAGCAAUUGCCUGGUCUGUGUAUGAGUUCUUCAAAUACAUCCUCACCAAGCGCCAGGAGGAACGACGGGUUGGGAAGUGAGCCGGAGCCGAAUGCCGUUCCAGACCUGCUUCACCUCCCCUCCUGGUUUGUCUUCUGAUGCCUCUCCCAUUCAGUUUGGUUUGUGUCGAAGAAGGGGCAGUGAUGUCGUCAUUUGGCUUUGGCUGCUGCAGCUCUGCUCAGGCUACACGGCUUCUCUCCCCCACGGUCCUCCAAGAUGUCCUGCUGGGAGCUGCAGCCUCGGUCCUGUUGCCUGGCACUUCAAUGGAGCUGUGCUCCUAUCCUUCCCUUCACCAAAACAUCCUCUCACACAAAGCUCACCCCUCCUCGGAGGGGAAGGUGAAUGUCCUGUCCUGCCUCUGCCAGGGCCAAGGUGAGCUCGCAGUCACCAAGGAGGUGGCUGCAGCACUGCCCAGGAUGCUGGGGGCUUUGUCUGGCUUUUGGCUGAAGCAAAGUGUAAGCCUUGCCGUUGUCUUGUAGCACGCACACGUGAUGCUGACCACCCCGGUGGAGGGCAGGGGGGAGGAUGGCACUUGAGGAGGGGAGCCUGUAGGUUUGUUUUUGUUCCUGCUCUUGACGCCUCCAAUAAAAACAGUUCAGCUCUA